AUGUCGGACGCGAUGGCGCUGAUCUCUGCAGGGCAGGAGCUCAUUCGCAAGUUGAAGGACCCCGACGUCGACCCGGAAGAGCUCACCGACGUGGCAGACAGCUUGGCAGAGCGCAGCAACGUGGGGAUCCUCGCCGCGCGCGACGAGCGAGGACGCUCGCCCUUGCACGUGGCCGCCAGCCGUGGCGAUCUACGGCUUUGCCGGGCGAUGAUGGAAGCGGAUCCAGGGCUAGUGAAUCAGCUGGACCAUCAGAAGAACACUCCCCUGAUGGAUGCCGCGUUUUUGGGUCGCUGCCUCAUUGUGAAGGAGCUCAUCGCACAUGCUGCAGAGGUCACAGGAAAGAAUGCCGAUUUGAUGAACCCCCUGCAGUUGGCCUGCGUCAACGAAGGUGCGGGCAACGGCGACGUGGUCACCGCGCUCGUGGAGGCCGCGGCGGACGUGGGCGCCAUGUGUUGGCAGACCACACCGCUGAUGGCGGCCGCCGACAGCGGGCACAUUUGGGCAUUGCACACGCUCAUCGACAUGGGGGCAGACCCCUGGCAAAUGAACGGUUCCGGCUACACCGCGCUGGACUAUGCGCGGGAUAUGGAGACGGCGGAGUUCUUGUAUUCGCUGAUGGAAGGUGAUAAGCUCUCGAACCAGGCCGCCCCCAGGAUCGAUACGGGGAAGCUCUUCCGUGACGCGGAGGCGCGCCGCGCGAGGCUGCACCGCAGCGGGCCGCAGCUCUCGCUGGAGGAAGCCUUCCAAGUGCUAGAGGCGCCCCCGGAGUGGCUGAGCGGCUUCCGGGAGACUGGUGAGCACUUCAAUGAGCUGCGGAAGGCCUGGCGCCAGCGGUGCCUCAAGUGCCACCCCGACAAACAGCCCGAAGGAUUGGAAGAAGAAGCCGCAGCGGAGUGGACUGCCCAGUUCCAAGCUGCAGUGCGAGCCUUCGAGGUGAUCGAUCAGCAUCUGCGGCACCUGGAGAGCUGA